AUGGGUAGUGAAAAGAGGAAACACAUAGUCUUCGACAUUGUCGGUACCUGCGUCAGCUACGAUGCUUUUUUCGAUGCUCUAGAGGAACGACUCGGCAACAAACUAAGAAGUCAUAGUAUUCCACCACGUCUCCUAGGCAUGCUAUGGCUCGCCGACACCGAACGAGAAUGCAUGUUCCUCAGAGCAUCGGGACGUUCUGGGAGGUUUAUGGAGCUUUUGAAGCCUUUCAUUUAUCGAUUUCUGGCCAUGUCCGGCAUAGAAUCUCCUAAAGCCUUCUGCUCCGAUGAAGAUGCAGAAUACAUUGCAAGCAGCUAUGGGAGACUUAGAGCGAGGAAUGGUGUGCAUGAAUGCAUGCAAAAGUUGAGGCAAGCUGGCUUUGAAGUCUGGGCAUGUACAUCCGGAGAUCGGGUGAGGGUGCAGAAAUAUUUGGAGGAGGGUGGCAUUGAGAUACCCAAUGAUCGCUUCGUUCCAUGCGAGGAGAUCCGUGGUGGUGCAGUGACGAAGCCCCAGCUGGGAGUGUAUGAGUUCAUGUUAUCGAAGUUCCCGGAUGCGGAUGAGAAAUGGUUUGCGGCUUGUCAUAUGUGGGAUACCACAGCGGCGCGGAAGUGUGGGUUCAAGGCGGCUUGGUGUUCCGCAUGGGAGAAGGAAGCGGUGACUGAAGCUUUCGGUGAAGUCGAAGUCAUGGCUGAAAACCUGGUCACGAUGGCCGAAAAGAUAAUUACAGCUUCCGCGGGAUAG